ACCUUUUAUUGUAAUAGGAAAAUAAAGACCAAGUAUGCGCUACACAACCUGUACACUAACCGUGAGAACUGAGAUACAGGACACAGGCACACUGUGUUUAUUCUGUUUUUCUCAUAAAUCACUGUUUUUACCUUCACCCCUGCUGCCUGAGGACUCGGUCCUUAACCUGCCAGGCUCACACCUGGACUGACAUUUCCAAAACAAUGGGCCACAACGCAACACACCGUCUUGCAGCAGAGCUCGAGGCCGUCUUUGUGGCUGGUGCAGCAGGACAGGUCUACGAAGACUCGAAGACUGGUUCUGCAACUACAGAUCCCUGUAGGGAAUUUGACCUGAUGACGUAGAGAAAAAGUAAGAAAUCCUGCAUUUGCUCUCUGCAGUCCUCCACCCCAUUCAGGCAAGCAGCAAAGGACAGGAGGCACUUGGGAGGAUUUGAACGGCGCAGCUAACUGAUGGUUGUAGCAAAUAGAGUGGUGAGCUGAUGCACCUGCUGCUUGCUGAGCUCUCUGGUGUGGGAGGGGAGGCAGCCAAAGUGGAUGCACAAGUCCUUCUCUGGUGUCCAGGGAUGGCAGGCAGUGACUUGUCCUCGCUCCUCUCCCCAGGGGAUGCGGAGGCUGCUGCUGCUGCACCUCUGCCAGAACCAGGCCCACCCCACAGAGCCACUCCGCCAGUGCUGAUACAAGAAGUCCCUAUUACAGAGAGAGGAAUAUUUUUGAUUUAAGCUAAAGUUUCACCUAAGUAAUUGUGUUCUUUGAAAGUUAGACAGAAUGUCCCUCUGGUAGUAUUUUUUCUUUAAAAAGAUGUUUUUCAGACACUAUUCAUUUUUGGAAGAUGAUAAUGCCUUGUAUGCAGCCUGGUCUGUGAUGAACACACAUGUCUUCUGUAAUCGCCUGUGUGCAGUCUCUCCUGAUCUCAAAGGCAAGGUCAGGCAGAGCUGGCUCCAGAGCUCCAAGUCAGCAAGAGAUUGGGCUGUUGCAAAGUUUCAUAAUACUAUUAAAAUCUGACCUUGGAAAGAAACAGAAAAUGCAUAAGAUUUCUGGGAAAGUUUCUCCACGUGUGUUUAAGAGGGAAAUCCAUCCUGUCCCGCUGCACACAAUGGAUGGCAAGAUCCGUGCUGCCCAAGCCAGAUAAAGGAUGCUUGCUUUCUAAAACUCCAAAUCAAAUCUUGGAGGGUUUAUUUGCCGGCAUUUUCACCAUCACUGCUGAGCAGGUGAGGGACUUGGCUUGGCACGGCAAAGACCGGCUCGGCACGGAGUGGCUUAGCUCGACUUGGCUUGGCUCGGCUCAGCACGGCUUGGCUCGGCUCAGCUCGGCUCGGCACGGCUCAGCUCGUCUCGGUUCGGCACGGCUCGGCGCUGCACUGGGAGCCACAAGCCGGGGGCGGGGCCAGCCGGGAGGUGUGUCCGAAGCCCGCAGCGCUGCGCGGAGUCCAGCGCGGCCCCGAGAGCGCGUCCAGUGUUUGGCACGGGCUAAACUUAUCCCGGAAUAAGGCUGCACGCAUGUGCGUCACCCCGGAUGUGAACAUGCCGGCCCGGCUCCCUGCUAGCUCGCUCCGCCCGGCUCUAGCCGAGGGGAUAAACCGAGCCGAGCCGUGCCGAGCCGUGCCAAGACGUGCCGAGCCGAGCCGUGCCGAGCCGUGCCAAGCCGUUCCGUGCCGAGCCGAGCCGAACCGUGCUAAGCCGCACCAUGCCGUGCCGAGCUAAGCCGAGCCGUGCCGAGUAGGGCUGGGGGCCAGCGCCCCGGGGCCCGAGGGCAGGGUCUGCCCCGGCGGUCGCCCAGGAGCGAUGGAUUUCCGUGGGAAGAAGUACGAGCGCGGCAGCAACUGGUCGGACCCCGAGGUGGUGGAGCUGCUGCAGCUCUGGGCGGACGAGUCGGUGCAGAUGGAGCUGGAGAGCUGCCUGCGCAACCAGCACGUCUUCAACCGCAUCGCCGAGGUGCUGCGGGAGAAGGGCAUCCACCGCACGGGCGACCAGUGCCGGGAGAAGAUCAAGAAGAUGAAGCUGGAGUACCGGCGCAUCAAGGACAACAGCAAGACCCCGCGGGGCGGCAGGACGUGGAAGUUCUACGAGGUGAUGGACCGGGUGCUGACCAGCCGGCCGGCCCUGGCGUACGGCUCGCUGGGCGGCAGCGUGAUGGCUCAGCAGGUGCUGCAGGGCACCAUGGUGGAGAGCUACCACCACCAGUUCGCCUCCUCCGCCCUGCCCUUCGCACACUCGCAGCACCCCGAGCUGAUGGAGAUCAAGUGUGAGGAGGUGAAUUCCGACGAGCACUGCUUGACCCCAGAGCCCCCACCAUCCAUGUCUUACCAGCAGGGCUCCCCCGAAGAACACGAGGUGGAGAGAGCCUUCUUGGAGAGGGCUCAGAAUGACUCUCCCAUCUCCAGGGUGGAGAUUCCCAUUGAAACCAGUGUUUCACCUUCAGGUUUCAGUGAGCCGAACAUGGCAAACUCAUCACGGAUCCAGAAUGUGGUUCCCCGGCCUGGCUUCUCUGCCUUGCAUCGGCUGCGAAAAAAGCGGAAAGGACAGCGUGUGAAGGAUCCGCUUGAUGAUCUUUUGCUGAAGACCUUGACAUCUCAGCGGGCCAUGGAAGAGCGCUUUUUGCAGAUGGAAGAACGCCGAUUUCAGCGAGAUUUAGAUUUCGAGGAGCGUCGGAUGCAACUAGAGCAGCGCCGGUUUGAACUGGAACGAGAGCAUGAGUUUCGCAUGUUCAAUGUCUUUGCUCAGAUGCUGAGCAUCCUAAAGCAGAGCCACAGUGGCUCCUCCUCCUCCACUGUGAUGCCUCGGGGUACGGACUUCAGCCAGGCACUGUAUGAAAUUGCAGGAAUGGGAGGAGGAGGAGGCAACCUGCAAGAUACGAGGGCUCAUCCGCUUGCAGAGAGGCGGGUAGACAUACGUGGCUUCUGUAACCCUGCCCGUGAUUUCCAGAAAAGCCCUUACCUCUCUGCUCGUGGCAACAUGGCCAACAUUUUCCAUGGCUCCACUGAGGAAGGGUACGAAGCUUAUCAUGCUGACAAGUAUGAUGAAGACAAGAACCCCAAUGGUAUAAUAAACUUUGGCACCAGUGAGAAUAAACUCUGCUUUGAUCUGAUGUCUAAGCGGCUGACACAGAAUGAUAUGAAUCUGAUGGAGCCUGCACUGCUUCAGUAUCCUGACUGGAAGGGACAUAAGUUUUUGCGGGAGGAAGUGGCUCGAUUUUUGACCUAUUACUGCAAGGCCCCUGCACCUCUUAAGGCAGAAAAUGUGAUUGUUUUAAAUGGUUGUGGCUCUUUAUUUUCUGCAUUAGCUACAGUCCUUUGUGAUCCAGGGGAAGCUGUUCUGAUUGCUACACCCUUUUAUGGUGGUAUUACCUAUAGUGUCUUCCUCUAUGGUAAUGUCAAGCUGGUGUAUGCCUAUUUAGACAGUAAGAUUACUGGAACAAGCACUCGCCCUUUUCAGCUUACAGUGGAAAAACUGGAAAAGGCCUUACUUGAUGCCAGGGCAGAGGGUGUCACGGUAAGGGCCUUAAUUCUUCUGAAUCCCCAAAAUCCCCUUGGGGACAUCUAUUCCUUGUCAGAGCUGUGGGAUUACCUGGAAUUUGCUAAAAGACACGAACUGCAUGUGAUAGUAGAUGAGAUCUACAUGCUGUCAGUUUUUGAUGAAUCAGCCACGUUUCACAGUGUCCUAGGCAUGGACAGAUUGCCUGAUCCGCAGCGGACUCAUGUGAUGUGGGGAAUAAGCAAGGAUUUUGCUGUCUCUGGGAUUCGUUUUGGAACUUUAUAUACAGAGAACCAAGAUGUUGCUAAUGCAGUGGCUUCUUUGUGUUAUUUCCAUGGGGUUUGUGGACCUGUCCAGUACAAGGUUGCACAGUUGCUUAGAGACAGAGAUUGGAUCAACCAAGUAUUCCUGAGGGCCAACCACGCCCGCCUAAAAGCUGCCCAUACAUAUGUGACGGAUGAGCUGAAGACACUUGGGGUUCCUUUUCUCAAUCGCAAUGCAGGUUUCUUUGUCUGGAUUGAUUUCCGAAAGUACCUUAGGACAGGCACAUUUGAGGAGGAGAUGCUGCUCUGGAGGCGUUUUCUGGAUAACAAAGUCCUUCUGUCCUGUGGUAAAGCCUUUGAAUGCAGUGAACCUGGAUGGUUCCGCAUCAUCUUUGCUGACAAAACCCACCGGCUACAGUUAGGUAUGCAACGGAUCCGCAAGGUUUUGGAAGAGCGGGAGAAGGAGAUACUGGCUGAGGAAAAAGAGCAGCCUUGUCAGUCAGAUCACGAUGGCAAGGCAGAUAGCACAGAUGAAGUAAUUUUCGUGUCCCGCCACCAGGAGCCUACCUGUGCCAAUACCUCCAACCUUGGUGACCUCAUUGGCCUCCUGCAACAGCAGAUGCGCUCAUCUGACUGGCUACAGAAAAAUACAGCCGAGCAGUUUGCACAGGAAAAGCCAGAGAUCUAUGAUGUAUUCAGCAAACUGAUGGGGAAGCAGUAGAAGUCAGUGUGCCCUCAGGGGGUUUCCUGAGCAGUAACUGACCCUGGUCCCCUAACAGCUCAGCAGUGACUUCUGGCAAAUAAUAUAUUUUCUGUAUGGCAAGAAAAUCUCUUUGUAAAACUCCUCCUCUCUGACCUGUUUGAGAUCUCUAAUUUGUAUUAUAUAGGUGCAUUCCUUGGUUUGGGGUGAGAGUAGGGAAUGGUAGGGGGCCUUGUUUGCCUGCUGCCCCCUGUCCUGCAGCAUUAUUGUAUUUUUUAUUUAAUUUCUAAUGAAUAUGCUGUUAACUCUAUUAUAAGGUCCUGUGCUGUCAUUUUUUUGUGCUGCUUAUGUCAUACUUUCCAGGAAGACAGAGAUUCAAGAUUGUUAAAAUGUGUAGUUUCCCUUUUCCUGAAUGAUGAUUAGAUGUAAUUAACUAUUUCAGGGCCAGAAGAUGAUUGCUUUCUCAAAGAGGUGUUCUUGGGAGGUAGUGUCAGCCCAACUUAGCCUCAGCUAAGGGUAAAUAAGCAUGUGUACGGGUUCAUCUGCGUGGGUGAGGCCCUUAGGACUGUGGUCAUCUAGUCUGAGUUCUGUAAAGCUUUUCAUUUUGAGUUGGUUACCAGUCUAACCUCAGAUCAGACAGUGUGCAACACCCUCAGCUGGUGAAAUGCCCAUUUUUGUUUCUAUCUUUCUUUUUUUGUAUUCAUACAAAUAAACAACGUCUACCGGCCUCUCAGCACAGUGUCCACAAAAGAGCUAAGAAGGGGGAGCUGACUGAAAGUAGGUGCAUCUCUUCUGGUUAGCAGUGAGGUGUAUUGGCAGGACAGUGCAGAGAAUGCUGCUUCUGCCCUGCACUAGAUCUAGCUACUUUAAGCCCACAGGCUUCCAAGAUAGUACCUUCCACAGUUAUUGUGGUGAUUAGGGAAAUUUUUUAUCUAUGUUUGUCAAUUUGCAGGGUAAUUUUUUGACUGAACAAUAUUCUUCCAAAUCCUUCCUCUCUUUUCCAUUUUUAAAGACACUUUUCCCUGUAUGAUGGUGGUAAAGUAUUUCAGUUAGAAAGCUUCCUUCACAGAUACAAAGCUCUUUAAUUUCUGGUACUAUAACAUUUUAGGUAUCUGAAAUGAUAUUUAAACUGAUCUUUCUGCAUACAUAUUCAUCUAGAGUUAAAGAAAUUGCCCAUGAAAACUAAUGGAAGUGCACCUUUCUCCUCUUAUAAUUUAUUCUAAUAGUAACCAAGUUUCAUCCUGGGCUCCGUUUAUAUAAUGAGUUAGAGAGGUAAAAGAUAAAAUUUAGGCUAGACUCUAUGCUGUUAAAGCAGUUGGAGUUUACUGAUCACAAGUGAAUAACCAUCUUCUACUCUUCUGAUCAAGCCUUCAAUGAAAGGAAAGGCAGGAAAAAAUCCUUGGUCCCAUGAAACAUGCAUUUUACUUAGAUUUGUUCCCUGUAGAUCUUUUAGGAGAAGGGUAGUGUUAAGACUUAACAGGAAAUUCACAUUAUUCUUUGAUUCGUUCUUCAAGUAAAAGAGCUUUCAUUUUGCAGUUGCUUUAUGAGGUGAGUUGUUGGUGUUGGAUGGCUCACAGUGGUACCAUUGUGGCUGUGUUGGUUUUGUUCUUGGGCACUGUAGAUUUGGGCAGGUGGGCAUGUCAUAAUGAGUGACAAAAGCAUAUGUCUAUAUUGUAAACCAAAUUACCAAGGCACAGGUAGCAAAAGUAAAGCCACUUUGGUACUUGUAAUUGCACAUGCAGCUAUUUUUGUAAGACUGGCUCACCUAAGAGGGGAUUGCUUUGUUUCUUUCUGCAGCAAUUCAGACCACAUCAUGAAGAACAGGGCAAGGUAACCUAAAAGGCUAUAUAUACAAGAAGACACGUAUUCCAUUUAAGAAAAUCCAAGUGGAGAGCUACACUCAUUAUUCAUUGCAAUUAAUGCUUUAUUUAUUACCAACUUGCAUAAACACUGGCAACUGACUGAUGACAAGAUCCUAGAUUAUCUGCAGCCAGCAACUGUAUUAACCAGUCUGAGAUGGUUAUAAAUACUUUGCUUUUUGCCCUCAGUUUGCUGGCAUCAGUUAUUUUUAGCAAAUAGCCAGUCGACCUUACCAAAAUGAAGAAUCAAAAAUAGUCUGGAAAAACACUGCAAGGAAAGGCUAUUUUUAGCUCUCUGUCUAUUCCCUGCUGCUAUCCAGCAAGGUCUCAUGGCACAGCUCAUGCACGGGCAUUUAGUUAUUCUAGGCAAAUGCUUGUCAUGACCUGUUCUUUCCCUGAAUACCUCGCUGCAGAACGCAUUUGAUUGAUUAAAGAUUAAUGAUCUGCAAACCGUGACAGCUGAAAGCUUUAGAGAGGGGCAAAAGUACACUGACUGAGUGUUUCUAUCUGCAUGUUUCUGCCACAUUAUUGUUUUUCUGAAGGGAAUUACUUGCCUGACUGAAUAUCCUGAUGUCUCAAAUCCUUCACUGGGAGCUAUAGCAGCAGACCUCAAAAGUACAUUUACAUUUGUUUUUCCUCUCAGUUCAUGAAGGCAGUAAAGGACAUACAGUUACAGACAUUGGGCAGAUCACUGUAUUGUCCAGCAUCAUCAAUCUCAAACCAGCAGCACCAGAGGUGUAUGAUGGACUGGCUUGAGAGAAAAUUGGCUGUUAGAUAAGAGUUUAUUGAUGGGGUGGAUUAUAAAUUCAACUGAUAUAAAUAAGGGUAUCAUUUAGUUGUAAGACAUAAAACAAAAUGGUGAGCCAAAGCAAUGAUCUGCUUGUUACAAUAUCCUGCUUUCUCCUACAUAAGACUUUUUUUCACUUAGUUCAGUACCUUAUAUAUUGGUAGUAGCCAUUAACAAAUAUUUCAGAAGAAAAACCCCUGAAUUAUGAUUGUUAGUUGUGCUAUGCCGUAGGUUGAAAAUAAGGUGGAAAAAGAUGUCCCUAAAACAUUGGGUUUUGUAUUCUAGAUGAAACUUCAUAUUUGCCUUUUAAAACUAUCUCCUUUUGUUAUCAAGGACUUUUCAGAAUGUGCUGCUUACAGCACUGACUGCAUAAAGUACAACCAUGAUCUCACAUGCAGCUGCUUUACAUGCAUGGAGACACAGCAGCAGAAGGGUCUCUGAGUGUUUCUACUCUUUAUACUGAUCAUCCUAGCAGAAAAUACGUGAUGCUGUAUGUGACAGUAAGCAAAUGUAUGGUGUGAUGGUAAAGCCCUUAAAACCAAAUUCCCUUAAAAUCCCCAAAGAGUCACAUAAGGCAGGAGAUAAAAGGGCAAAGCAGAGAGAGGUAAAUUACCUUGUGCAUUUAUAAAAAAUGGUAGACCGUUAUGCUGGUGAAUAUUUUUACAAGCUAUAAAUGGCAACCUGGAGUCUAAAAAUAGAUGCUGUGCUGCAGAAUUGUCUGGCUUAGCUACAUCACUAGAAUAUAAACAAGCUCCAUGAUGUAGUUUCAGGGGAAUCUCUAUCAAAACAGACUACAUCCUCCAUUUUUCCUGCUAUU